AUGGCUUCGCCAAAACCUGACAGCGAAGGCGCAAGUCCUUGCGAUGGCGUAACGAAGCAGAAUGUCUCACCCGGCAGUUCUCCCGCUGAAGGCCCUAUUGUCGCACAGGAAGACACCGACGGAGAUGCCAGCGACUCAGCAUUCGGAGAUGAUGCAGAAAGCUCUACUGCCUCCCUCUCAUCGAGCAUUCUGGAAUAUCGCAGAUUUCAAGGACGAACCUUUCAUAGCGAGAGGUAUAAUACAGAGUAUUUUACACCGAAUGAUGAGCAGCAGAGAGAUUCAAUUGAUAUCACGCAUCAUGUUCUGACACUGCUCCUUGAUGGAAAGUUGACGCCUGUCCCUUUGAAAGAUGAUACUCAAGUUCGUGCUCCCUCUAGACACCGAAACACGUCAGGAGACUCUGACAAACUGAAGCGGGUUCUUGAUGUCGGUACUGGAACUGGUAUUGACUUUGCCGAUGAACACCCCAACGUUGAGGUCAUCGGAACAGACCUCUCUCCCAUCCAACCAAGUUGGAUCCCUCCAAAUGUCAAGUUCGAGCUUGAGGACGCAACAAAAGAUUGGAGCUGGCCUGAGAAUCACUUUGAUCUCGUCCACGUCCGAUUUCUUAUGGGUGCGAUAGCAGACUGGGGAACACUUUUCAAAGAGGCUUCUCAUUGCUGUACGCCAGGUGGUUUUGUCGAGUCUGGGGAGAUCAACCCAACUUUCUACUCUGAUGACGGUAGCAUCAAUGAAGUUGAGGCUCUACAAACCUGGAACAGACUGGUGAUCGAAAGUGGUAAGGGCUUUGGAAGAAGUUUCACUGAUAUCGAGAAUGACGCUCAACUAUUUCGCGAUGCUGGUUUGGUAGACGUGCAGAGCUUUGACUUCAAGGUUCCCAUUGGGGGAUGGCCCAAAGACGAGAAAAUGCGAAAGGUCGGCCAAUUCCUCCGAGCUUCGAUAGAAAAUGACCUUGAAGGAUACACAAUGAUGGUUUGGCACCAGAUCAUGAACUGGCCCGAAGAUGAAUACCAGGUAUUCCUGAUGAACAUGAGAAAGGCAUUCAAAGAUAAGAGAAUUCAUGGAUACAUGCGUGUUCGAUAUGUUUAUGGUCGAAAGCCAGAUGCUGAGAAAUAG